AUGAUCGAUCAAAGAUCUCGAUAUCCUAUCGUGACAUUUACAAAUAAUAUAACAGCGACAAACUUUGUUUCAAUCUGCAAUAACACCUUCGCUCAUUUUGGCUUUCCAGAAAAGAUGAUUUCUGAUAACGGACCGCCAUUUCGUUCAAAAGAGGUGAAAAAGUACACCACUGAAAAAGGAAUCAAACAUCAACGAAUAACUCCAUUGUGGCCCCAAGCCAACGGAGAGGUUGAAAGGUUUAUCCUCCCCCUCACAAAAGUUAUGUUCACCGCACACAUCGAAAAUAAAAAUUAUACUGACGAAGUUCAAAAAUUCUUGAUGGCCUAUCGCAUCACACCACACACAUCCACCAACGUACCACCAUCAUAUGUAAUGUACCGCAGAAAAGUCAGAUACACUAUUCCUGACUACACAAAGAACAUUAAGGAUUCCAUAGAUCUUAAACUAAAAUACAACGACGAGAAUUCAAAGAACAAAUAA